AUUCAAGGCACACACAAACACGACAGAGCAGCAGACAGUGACCAGCCACAUGAGUUCGCUGUUUGUGUUGAUCGUGGACCUGCAUCCAGCGCGAUGGAAGCAGUUGAGCGAGGACGCGUCCCUGGAUGAGGCCAUGAACCAGAUUUGUGUCUUCUUGAACGCUCAACUCAGUGUACACGUCUCAAACACAAUCGCCGUCAUUGGCGCAGCACCAAAGAAGAGUAUGUUCUUGUAUCCAUCUGCGGUGAAGAUGCCUUCACCGGAUGACCGCCAAGAACUGUUCUCGGAGAUGAAUGCCACAAUCUUAGCCAACGCAACAAAGCUUUUCAACGAACAAUCUGGCGAGCGACACCCCUCAGACCUUGCUGGCGCCCUCUCCAAAGCGCUCUGCUUCAUCAACCGGACGGUGCGAGGCACUUCCUUGCAGCCGCAACACACGACGGCAAGCAGCUCUGUCACAUCCCGGUUCAUCGCCGGAGACAAGGCGACACCAGCAUCCUCAUCCUCAUCGUCAUCAUCGUCAGCACCGAAAGCAGCAGGGCGCGACCGCGUAUCAUCUGGUGCGCGCGUCACACCGCGUAUUGGCGUUGUCUCCGUAUCCCCAGACAGCUCUGUUGAAUACUUUGCGGCCAUGAACUGCAUCUUCGCCGCACAGAAGAACGAUGUUCCGAUUGACGUGUGUGCGAUGGGAGAGGAGGCAGCCAUCUUGCAGCAGGCCGCGCAUCUCACGAAUGGGACAUACGUCAAAGUCCACCACCCGAGCCAGCUCCUGCAGUCACUCAUGAUGGGGUUUGUGACGUCCUCUGAUGCGCAUGUGCUCGUGCGCCCCGUCCAGCGCCGCAUCAACUUUGACGCGUCAUGCUUCUGCCACGGCCGCACCGUCGACAUCGGAUACGUCUGUACCGUCUGCCUGUCAGUCUAUUGCGAGCGGCUGGCCUCCUGCAGAAUAUGCGGGGCAGAGUUCUCAGACAAGCCGGGCGCGUGACACGCAGAGGCUCACGUGUACCUGUUUGUGUCAGAGAGAAAGAGAGAGCGACGAACACACGCGGGCGCACAGACGCGACGCCGCCCACACUUGAGCAACACCAAUGCGACCAGCCCAAUUCAAACCUUUCCCGCCGCUGCUGUGGUGGAUAUACGACCUUUAGUAUACAAUUCGCACGU